AUGAAGGGAAAUCAAAGGCAAGUCUCCAAUGAAAGGCGUCGUCAAUCUCUUAGAAUCAGAAAACCUCCGGUCUCAAAUGCAAAAAAGCGAGUAGCGCAGAAGAAAAAUAAGAAGAAGAGUACACCAGUGAGAGAACCGAGUAUACACUCGCUCUCAGUUUCAUCUGGGUCUGAAAGUGAAGACAUGUCUGCUCCAUCGUUUGAGGAAAUGCAACCAAUGCAACCCCUUGAGUUCUACUUCAAAAGCAGUGAGUUCGCUCACACUUGCAAGAUACAAACAAAGUGCUUUGUGACCAGGACAGUAGAUAAGAUCAAGGAGAAGCUUAAGCCUGAAGCUGAAUGGUUCAGAAGCCAUCCUCAAUUUCGACAUUUCUUCCACAUGCCAGAUGAACCAAACCUGAAGCUCCAAGGGAUGUGGAUGCUACUCCUGCGUACGAUUUGUACUCCAGAAGAUGAUGUUGCAUGGUUUGCGGUUAAUGGUGUACCCAUCCGCUAUUCUAUGAGGGAGCAUGCCCUCAUCUCUGGCUUAGACUGCAGGGAGUAUCUGAGGAACUAUAAGAAGCUCGGGAGUCAUAAGUUUGUGGAUUAUUACUUCCAUGACGUAACUAAGAUCACCAUCAGUGAUGUGGAGCAGAAGAUGUUGUUUAUGGCGCCGUGUCCAGAUAGAUUGAAGAUGACAGUCUUGUAUUUCCUUGGUCGGGUUAUCAGAGGGAAGCCAAACGAUGCAAGACCUUUAGACUCCUUCAUAUUAAGGAUAGUGGAGGAUUUGGACGCUUGCAUAUCAUUUCCAUGGGGCCGUCUUACAUUUGAGGAUGCAAUAAAGGAGAUUAAGCAUGUGAUGAACCAUCUGAAGGGUGAAGUGAAUGAGACAUGCGGCUUUCCUGGUUCUUGCUUCGAGUGUAUUCCUGCUCUUGGGAAAAAGUUCAGAAUCACUUCAGCGAACCCUAGUGAAGACUGUACAAGGAUGUGCAAGAGCCGGUUUAUAAAAACCAGUCUGAGGGGUUAUCCUUUGGAAGACAUAUAUGAUGCGCUUGGAGAAACAAAGGAUAUUAAUAGUGUACUGGUUCCAACUUUGGGUGAGGAAAUUAUGCUGGCUCUCGUAUCAUUGAUGAGGAGCGAGACUAUGACCGUCAGGGCAGCCCAAAAAGACAAAGCAAAGGUGGAGUUGGCAGAAGGAUCAUCCUCUCAAACCGGUUUAGAUUCGAUCUUGAAAGGUCUGGAAGGGAGGCUAGUGGAGUUCAUGGGAACACCAUUUGCCAGUCUUAACUUUACGGUGGAGGAAAAGCUGGAGUCCAUUGACUCGAGGAUGAGUAAAAUGGAAGAAAGGCUAACUUCUAUUGAGAGUAAGCUAAGUGAAGAGAAGAAUCAUGGUGAAGACAUGGAUUUUCGACAGUGGGAUCAUGAGAAUUAUGGGGAUUAUGAAACAACAGCGAAGGACAAAGGAGACAAGGAAGAAGCUGGGAAAAGCGGUGAGGGUGAGGAAGAAGCUGAGAAAAGCGAGGGUGAGGGUAAUAAAGACAAGAAAAACAGUGAGACUGAUGAGGAAGAGAGAGUGUUGAACCGAAUGAAGGAUGAUGAACUGUGGAGGAGUUUGAUGGAGGAUCGAGAAGAGGUUGGAGGAAAGUGA